UUCUCAAAAGAGAUGAUUGAUGCUCACAACCAGAAGCGACGGUUGCACCAGGACGUGCCAGACCUAGUAUGGAACCAGACAGUGUAUGAAUUUGCUCAGAGCUACGCUGAUAACUACACCUGUCCUGACAAUUUGGAGUUGGUUCACUCCACCUCCUCUGGCUAUGGCGAGAACUUGGCUGCUGGCUUCAGAAACUCAUCGUUGGUUGUUGAUGCCUGGUAUAACGAGAUCGAUGAUUUCCAAUACGAUAGAAUAGAUCAGUAUGACGAUGGAACGCUAUUGCAAAACUCAGACCCAGACAGACCCAUUGGCCAUUUCACCCAGUUGAUAUGGAAAGAUUCAACUCAGUUGGGUUGUGCCUACAAGCAAUGUCCAAAUUAUAUCUACUAUACUUGCAACUAUUAUCCAAGAGGUAAUUUA